UCGAGAUUCGCGCCCGCAAGACACCUUCGGUCAGUUUGCUCGUUGUUGUUUGUUUUUUUUUUUCUUAUUUUUCGUUGGUUUUCGUUUACCUUUUGUUCGAUCUCCUUGAUGUUUCGCGCGUCGGGUUCUUUCGAUUUGUGGGCGUUUGUGACAAUACCCCGUCAGUGACACACAGAAACCAGUUCGAUCGACUCGAAAGAGGAAGCAAUCCUCCGAAAAGAAAAUUUUUAUAAUUAGAAGUGGCAGAAGAGAGACAUUUGACGAAAUCGCUGCAGCUGGCCUUCACCGAUCGCUCCUCUCUUUCAACCACCUUUGAUCCCAUUGAAAGAGGAACGAUCUGGAAAGGCGCACAACACAAAAAACGAUGGCCACGUCGACGAUAAACAUCGAGGAUCUGCCGGACAGAGUCGGGGCGACGUUCACCGGGCGCAACAUCUUCAUCACCGGUGGCACGGGCUUCCUCGGCAAGGUGAUCGUCGAAAAGUUUCUGCGAUGUCUGCCCGAUAUAGGCCAGCUCUACCUACUCGUGCGACCCAAGUACGGCAAGGAUCCCUCGACAAGAAUGGAGGAUCUCUUCAAUAACCCCGUGUUUGACCUAGUAAAGGAGAUGCGAGGAAAAGAUUUUAUUCGCGAAAAAAUUACGAUUGUGAGCGGUGAUGUCUCGGUCCUUGGCCUGGGUCUUUCGGAGGAGGACAGAAAAACUCUUUGCGAAAAAAUAAGCAUCGUUUUUCAUGGUGCAGCUACUGUCAGAUUUGACGAGUUACUGAAACGUGCCGUUCUCUUGAACACUCGAGGCACGAAACAGAUGUUAGAUCUGGCAAAAGAGAUGAAAAAUCUCGAACUCUUUGCACACAUAAGCACGGCUUAUUGCCACCUCGAAGAAAAGGUUUUGAGAGAAAAGCCGUAUCCGCCACCCGCGGAUCCUCAUAAAAUCAUCAAGUGCGUCGAAUGGAUGGAAGACGACGUCGUCGAGGCUAUGACUGACAAAAUUCUCGGAGACAUUCCCAAUACUUACGCUUUCACGAAAGCUCUUUCCGAGGGCCUUGUUGAGGAGGCCAUGCCUCAUAUCCCUGCUAUUAUUCUGAGACCCAGCAUCGUAAUACCAGUCUGGAAAACCCCGAUACCCGGCUGGACGGACAACAUAAACGGACCGACGGGCCUUCUGAUAGGCGCCGGCAAGGGCGUCAUCAGGACCAUGUACUGCAACGAGAACGGCUACGCAGAUUACGUGCCGGUCGACAUUGCCGUUAAUGCCGUCCUCGUCGUCGCCUGGAACUUCAUCGCCAACAAGGACCACGAGAAGCGCGUCUACAAUCUCACCAGCAGCAGCGAAUUCAAGGUCUCAUGGGCUGAAAUCAUAAACAUCGGCCGCAGAAACAUGGAAAAGGUACCAUUGAACGGUGUGGUCUGGUACCCGGGCGGCAGCAUGAAAAAGUCUCGAUUCGUGCACAACGUUUGCGUGCUCUUUUUCCACAUGAUACCGGCUUAUCUCAUCGACGCUUUGAUAUUCCUCGCUGGACAUAAGCCCAUAAUGUGUCGUGUGCAUCGUCGAAUCGCAAAGGGCUUCGAGGUCUUCGAGUAUUAUGCCAACAAUCAGUGGGACUUUGAAAAUAUGAACAUAGCCGAAGUCAGAGCGACUUUGAAUGAGAGAGAAAAGGUCCUGUGGCAAUUGGAUGGAGACGACAUGGACAUGGACCAUUACUUUGAAAAUUGUAUCAGGGCAGCAAGAUUGUACAUUCUCAAUGAGAAGCCAGAGACUCUCCCUUCAGCUCGUCGACAUAUCAGAAUAAUGUACUGGGUGGACGUCUUGACUAAAAUCAUGUUCUUUGUAUUUUUGAUUUACAUGCUGGCUUCCUGGUGUGAUAGCUUCCGAGCUUUGCUAGUGGGCAGCUGGAAGUCUCUCAGUCAUGCAUUAGAUGCUUAGGCAUUACUAGAUUAUUGAUAUCUAUUUACUGUAUAUUUAUAUCAAAGUAUGAAUCAAUUUCAAAUAAUGAUAAAGGUAAUUCAACAUUUUAUCAAUCAUCCUUAAUCAACUGCAGUAGUAUCUUAUAUUCGUGUUAAAUUAUUAUAAACUUACUGUUAAUCAUUGAAGUUAUAUAAUUUAAGAAGCAUGUAUUUCUAUGUAAGAGUUUUGUUUUUUUUAUUUCCCAAAAUUUUAUGCUAUAUGUAACAUAUUACUUCAAUAGCUAUAAAAAAAUGUACUUAGGAAGUUAAGUAACAAUCG